GCACACAGCAACCUCCUCCUCCUCCUCCUCCUCCGCCGCCGGAUGCACGAAGUGAGGAUGAAGGCGGCUCCGUCCCUGCUGGAAUAACUCAGAUCUCCGUUAUUUCACCAGGAUCUGACUCGAGGAGGGAAGGAGGAGAGAAGGACGCGGAUCCUGUGAAGGAAGGGCAAGACGAUGGGCUGCGUUAAAAGCAAAGAGGACAAAGGACCCGUGAUGAAAUACCAGCCGGACAAUUCUCUGGUGUCGGACCCCAACACCGCUGCCACCACGCCUCACAUAGGUCACUACGGGCCAGAUCCCACCCAGCUGCAGCAGAAUCAGCCUCCCACAUCCACAUCUGGCUCCGGGGCUGCGAAUUUUAACCACACCCUCACGCCGUUUGGUGGAUCCUCCGCUGCCAUCACUCCCUUCGGGGGGAUGUCGUCUUCCUUCUCUGGCCCUGUGUCCAAUUCCUUCUCUGGUGGUGUUCCCAGUGGCGUCACGUUCUUUGUGGCCUUGUACGACUACGAAGCCAGAACGUCCGAUGAUCUCACGUUCAAAAAGGGAGAUCGCUUCCAGAUCAUCAACAACACAGAGGGAGACUGGUGGGAAGCUCGCUCCAUCAACACGGGGAAGAACGGCUACAUCCCGAGCAAUUAUGUGGCCCCCGCCGACUCCAUCCAGGCUGAAGAGUGGUAUUUUGGCAAAAUGGGACGCAAAGACGCCGAGAGGCUGCUGCUGAACACAGGGAACCAUAGAGGAACUUUCCUGGUACGAGAAAGUGAAACUACUAAAGGCGCUUAUUCUCUCUCUAUACGAGACUGGGACGAAGCCAAAGGAGACAACGUAAAACACUACAAGAUCCGCAAGCUGGACAACGGGGGAUACUACAUCACCACACGGGCACAGUUUGACACGCUGCAGAAGCUUGUCAAACACUACACAGAGCACGCCGACGGGCUCUGCCACAAGCUGACCACGGUCUGCCCCACGGUCAAGCCUCAGACGCAGGGGCUGGCGAAAGACGCCUGGGAGAUUCCCCGGGAGUCCCUACGGCUGGAGCUCAAACUGGGCCAGGGCUGCUUCGGAGAGGUCUGGAUGGGCACGUGGAAUGGCACCACCAAGGUGGCCAUAAAGACGCUGAAGACGGGAACCAUGUCGCCCGAGGCCUUCCUCCAAGAAGCUCAGAUCAUGAAGAAGCUCCGCCACGACAAGCUGGUGCCUCUCUACGCCGUGGUGUCGGAGGAGCCCAUCUACAUCGUCACGGAGUACAUGGCCAAAGGAAGCUUGCUCGACUUCCUCAAAGAGGGUGAUGGAAAAUUCCUGAAGCUCGUCCUGUUGGUGGACAUGGCUGCAAAGAUCGCUGACGGCAUGGCUUUCAUCGAGAGGAUGAACUACAUCCACAGGGACCUGCGCGCCGCCAACAUCCUCGUGGGCGACAACCUGGCGUGCAAGAUCGCCGACUUCGGCCUGGCCAGGUUGAUAGAGGACAACGAGUACACAGCACGGCAAGGAGCCAAAUUUCCUAUUAAAUGGACGGCCCCUGAGGCUGCGCUGUACGGACGCUUCACCAUCAAGUCAGAUGUCUGGUCCUUCGGCAUCUUACUCACCGAGCUUGUCACCAAAGGCAGAGUUCCCUACCCAGGUAUGGUGAACCGGGAGGUGCUGGAGCAGGUGGAGAGGGGCUACCGCAUGCCGUGCCCCCAGGGCUGCCCCGAGUCGCUGCACGAGCUGAUGAAGGUCUGCUGGAAGAAGGACCCGGACGAGCGGCCCACGUUCGAGUACCUGCAGUCGUUCCUGGAGGAUUACUUCACCGCCACGGAGCCACUGUAUCAGCCGGGGGAGAACCUAUAGCCUGGAAGGAGACGGGAGCGCACACUGCUGACUCUGAAAGGAAGUCGACUGGAAGGAUCAGUCGCACCAACCACUACUCCACUGCUCCACCUUCCCCUUCUUUCUGAAAUCCUGCGCCCCAAACAUUUUUCAUAUUGUUUUGUUUUCAGCCGUGGUACUCGAGUCUUUUCCAUGCAGAUUUAUUCAUCGUGUAUAAAAUGGACAAACAUCUCCAUCAGCUUUGUUUUACAUAUAUACGCAGCUCAUGAAUACAGUUUUGUGUCGCUGUGAAAUAAGCUGUGAUAAUGCCUCAUAAAAAAAACAUAUUAUUGAGAGUAAUGCGGCUUUCAGGUUUUUUUUAACUCCAUUUUCCUCCAAAUUACAGCCCCUGUGGUGGAUUAGUUCACGAGGCAUUAAGUCGAUUAAUUAUUGACGGGGAUCGUAUGUAUGAGAAGCUCUCCGGGGAGCUGAUGGUCAUUAUCACAGACCAUUUGACAGCGAUUAUUUAAAAAGUCAAUUCCACACAGCUGAACUUUAUCUAUAUGUCAUUCAUUACUGUGCAAUUUCCUUUUUUUAUUCUUUUUUAUUUUAAUGCCCAGAGAAAGACGGACUCCUUCUAUCCUCUCUGGGCUUUUACUAUUUUAAUUUUUAUAAUGUCUGUUCCCUUAAGAGUUGAUCAUAUCAUGUGGACAUGCUUUUUAUAGCUUCAUUUGAAGUUUUUCCCUUAAAUGUCCAUCAGCAUCAUCAUCAUCAUCAUCAUCAUCAUCAGCAUCAUCAUCAUCAUCAUCAUCAUCAUCAUCAUGCAGACACACUUUUUGUUGUUGUAUAAUCUCGCUGUGACGACCACAGGGACCCGCUUACAUAAGAACAGUCUGUAAAAUGUGUCACCGGGUUCGGGAUUUACGGCAAAAUAACAAGUUGAACAAUAAUGAAACUCGUGGACUUUCCUUCACACGUGAAAGCAGCCGAGCACGUUGGAGGAUUUCACCGACUACGGAACUGUUUUUUUCUUUUUGUUGGUGAUGAACAUGAAAACAACAAAAAAAACAAAACCUCCAAAUAAGCUGGAAACAGACGUUUUAUUUUCUACAAUGUGAUGCUGAAGAACUUUUCACGUGUCCUGCAGAAACUAUUUGUACGGCAGUGAUGUGGUUUUUAUUAAUAUAGUGAUUUUCUCUUUGCAUUUUGCUCCUGUAUUUACUCAUCAGGACAGUAUUAUAAUAGAAUAACGACAACUGAGCUUGUACAAAAGGGCUUUGUAUAUUA